AUGAAGAUCAUCGCCCUCUUGCCGCUUCUCACCCUGACAGCCUCGCUCGCCGCCGCCGCUCCUUACCAACCAGUCGAGGACGACGGUGCCAGUGCCGGUGGCAGUGGCUCAUUCAAUGCCAUCGUCAACCCCCGAAGCGGCCAGCUAUACCGCGACGACCGCGUCCCCGAAGAAGCAGCCUACGCAAUUCCCCAUGAAGGAGCUGGGGCCCGACCGCACCACUUGAAAAGAGACGCCUCGGCUGAGCCGGUGGCCAACGCUGACGCAAACCCAGAUCCAUUCUACCCUAUCCACCCGAACCCAACCGCCGGGCCUGACAUGCCCCCGAACGCUGGUGCACACGGGGCCGGCGACGCCUUGAAGAAAUUCGCCCAGGGCUACGGGUUCGGCCACGGCCCAGUCGUGCAGAAGACGCGACCGAAAAAGGCGGCUAGUCGUCGAGCCGCCAUGCCUGAGGCACAUGCCGAACCAGAACCAGAACCUGCUCCUGCUCCAGCUCCUGCUCCUGGCGUAGGAUCCCUCGGCAUUCAGAACAACAACGGCAAAAAAGGCAAGACUCCCUCGGCCGACGAUCUCUGCGACGCGCGCCACAUGGUGUGUGGUGGCCUGCAGCAGAAGUUCCGCGCCUUGUAUGGUGUCUUCCAGAACAAUUGA